UUAUUGUGAGAGUCAGAUAAAAUAAUCAACAAACAUUUAUUAAGCACCUGCCAUGUUCUGAGCUUUGUGCUGGGCCCUAUAAGAGUACCAAUGAAUACUCCCUGCCCAGAAGGAAUUUACAACCAUAAGUAUACUCCAAGUGCACUGGUGUGCUUGCUGUCCUCACACAGGACGCUUCAUUUUCUGACUCCGCUUCAGUGCCUUUGCCGUAGCUGUUGUCCAUGCCUGGAAUGCUCUCAGCUUCUCACUAGAGAGAGACAAAGACUGCAAAAUGUCAGCAGUUGAGGUUCAAGUCAUAGUCCCAAUGUCCCAAACAAACAUCAAUGGCCCAAGUGAGAGCGCCUCAGGGAUGUCCACAGGAACAGAGAAGCAGCCCUCAACAACCGUGUUGAGUUUUCAUAACAUCUGCUACCAAGUGAAAGUGAAGACUGGUUUCAUAGGCUGCCGGAAGAUCAUUAAGAAAGAAAUACUGAAGAAUGUCAAUGGGAUCAUGAAGCCAGGCCUCAAUGCCAUAUUGGGGCCCACAGGUGGUGGCAAGUCUUCAUUAUUAGAUGUCUUAGCUGCCAGGAAAGACCCAAGUGGAUUAUCUGGACAUGUUUUAGUAAACGGGGCUCCUCAGCCCGCCGACUUCAAAUGUCACUCGGGCUAUGUUGUACAGGAUGAUGUUGUGAUGGGCACUCUCACAGUAAGAGAAAAUUUACAGUUCUCAGCAGCACUUCGACUGCCUACAAGCAUGAGGAACCAUGAAAAGAAUGAACGGAUUAACAGAAUUCUGAAGGAGCUCGGUUUGGAGAAAGUAGCUAAUUCCAAGGUGGGAACUCCGUUUUCUCGUGGUGUAUCUGGAGGAGAGAGAAAAAGGACCAGCAUUGGAAUGGAGCUUAUUUCUGAGCCAUCUAUCUUGUUUUUGGAUGAGCCCACGACUGGCUUAGACUCCAGCACGGCAAAUGCUGUUCUUUUACUGCUAAAGAGAAUGUCUAAGCAGGGAAGAACAAUCAUCUUCUCUAUACAUCAGCCUCGAUAUUCCAUCUUCAAGUUGUUUGACAGUCUGACCUUGCUGGCUUCUGGAAAAUUGAUUUACCAUGGUCCUGCUCAGGAAGCCUUGGAAUACUUUGCUUCUUCUGGCUACCAUUGUGAGGCCUAUAAUAAUCCUGCAGAUUUCUUCCUGGAUGUCAUUAAUGGUGACUCUUCUGCUGUGCUGUUAAACAGAGAAGAAGGAACUAGUGAAGCUAAGAAUAUUGAAGACCCUUCACAGUGUAAGCCCAUUAUCGAUGAAUUAGCAGAGAUUUAUAUGAAUUCCACCUACUUCAAGGACCUUAAAGAAGAACUACAUACAUACUCUGUGGGGAUUCAAAAGAUCAAGAUAACUCCUUUCAGGGAAACAAAUUAUAUUACCUCCUUCUGUCAUCAGCUCAAAUGGCUUUGCAAACGGUCAUUCAAAAAUUUGCUGCGUAGCCCUCAGGCCUCCAUAGCUCAGGUAAUUAUCACAGCUUUCCUUGGAUUGAUUGUAGGUGCCAUUUUCUUUGGACUAAAAGAUGAUCCCACUGGAAUUCAGAACAGAGCCGGGGUACUCUUCUUCCUAACCAGCAACCAGUGUUUCAGCAGCAUCAGUGCAGUCGAGCUUUUGGUUGUGGAAAAAAAGCUAUUUAUACAUGAGUAUGUCAGUGGAUACUAUAGAGUUUCUUCAUAUUUUUUUUCGAAGUUGUUAUCUGAUUUACUACCCAUGAGAAUGUUGCCGAGCAUCAUAUUCACUUGUAUAACUUAUUUUAUGUUAGGACUGAAACAGGAGGUAGGGGCCUUCUUCAUCAUGAUGUUAACUCUGAUGAUGGUUGCCUAUACUGCCAGUUCCAUGGCUCUGGCUAUUGCUGCAGGACAGAGUGUGGUGUCUGUGGCCAAUAUCCUCAUGACCAUCUCAUUUGUUUUCAUGAUGAUAUUUUCAGGGUUGUUAGUAAAUCUCAGAACUGUUGCGUCCUGGCUCUCCUGGCUCCAGUAUUUCAGCAUUCCUCGAUAUGGUUAUACAGCUCUGCAACAUAAUGAAUUUCUCGGCCUAAACUUUUGUCCCACUCACAACACAACAGUUCCAGACAAUACCUGUGAAUAUGCUGUGUGUUCUGGGGAAGACCAUUUGACAAACCAAGGCAUUGACCUGUCUCCUUGGGGUUUGUGGCAGAACCACGUUGCCCUAGCCUGCAUGAUGAUCAUCUUCCUUACCAUUGCCUACCUGAAACUGUUUUUUCUGAAGAAGUUUUCAUAAAACAUUUUGUCAGAUAUGAUGUGAUUCAGUCUCACAAAACAUUUUUAAUUAUUGUAAAAUAUUCAUUAUUUGAGCUUUUGUUGUUGAAGAAUUACUCCCAGGUAAAUUGGAUUUAAUUUUACUGUGAUUAACUACUAUGUCUACGCAGCUCAUGAUCACUAUCAAGCUGUUGUAGAAAUUAGGUUUGCAAAAUACUAAUAUCCAAAAGAAACAGCAACAUAAGCUAAUGAUAUUGUAUAUACUUCUCAGUUUAUACUCAGUAAGUUCAUAGAAAAGACACUAUGUGUAACUCAUUGAUCUGGCACUGAUUAUUAAACGAAAAGUAAUAAGUAUUUACACUACUGUAAUAUGAACUCUGAAAUGUCUUGGGGCAUUGGGUUGUAUAUUUUGGACUUAUCAUGACAGUGGACCAAAAUUACUGCUCUUUAAUAAACUUAUUAAACAAGAA